AUGGAAGCAGUUAUCAACAACUCACCAGAAAUCAUCGUUAACAAACUGGAUAAUCCAGAAGUUAAUAUAUCGCCCAAUGCUAAGCAGUCUUUACCAUCUGAUCUUGACCAAAAUAGUUCAUUACUAAAUAGCUUUGAAUCACCCCGACCUUCUCACACUGGAAGAAAUUCUCAAUCUGAUCAUAUUUUAUUAGAUCAAGGAGAACCAUGAUGUGCUGUAAAUGAUCCUUCAUUACCCCCAGUAUCAGAGCUAGAACAUACAAUUUUUCAAUGCUUUUGCCAUUUUUGUAACUGUGGUAAGCAUAUUUGCCCAGGUGAUUACAAAUCUCUCAAUAGAAAUGCGUCAUCAAAAUUCCUUUCUGAGUAUCAGCGUAAUUAUGCUAAGCAUAAACUGCAGCCAAUACCAAGAUAUGAAGAACCAUCUUAUAUUAAAAAUAAUUUGCCUAUUGAUUUUACGACCACAAAUAGAAAAGAUUUUAAAGCGUAUUCUGUUGAUCCUCAGCCAAAGAAUAGAAGAGACAACAGUAGAGAAACUGACAAUCUAAAAUUUGUGGGGAGAAGCAAUUAUCAAGCUGAGUAUCCUAAUUGAGGAAAAGUUGAAUUUAUCAGGGCAAGUGCAUCUGUGUUACCUUAUAGAGGACAAGAAGUGAAAAUGGCCACAAUGUCUACUUAUGACUCGGAUUUCCGAGGAGAAAUAAACGGUUUCGAGAGCAUGCUAAAGCUAUCACCAAAUACUUUUAAAAAACAAGGGCUUUUCCCAAGUGUGAAUCCAUCAAUCAUAAAAUCUACUUCACAAAGAGAUUAUAAACCACUGCCAAGAAAAUAUGUUUAUAAACAUGAUUCAAAAUUCAAACAAAACUUUGAGCCAAAAAUAAGCUGGAAUGGACAGUUUAAUACAACUUACAGGCAAAGCUAUAUUGAAAAAUACAUGCCAAAACCUAAAAGAAAAAUCGAUUCUAUAAGGGAGAUUUCCUAA